AUGAUCCUCGUCGUCCUCGCUAUAGUCGCGGUUACUUACUACGCUGUAGUCAUCGCGAGCUACGGCCCCGAGUUAUCGAAGGGAGGCUCCACCUCGUUUCUCGCGUUCCUCGUGCUCGCCGUCUUCCACGGCCUCGUAAGCCUCCUCUUCCGCCUCGUCACACCCUUCCACGAUCGUUCCCGGCUUCUCGGCAUGCUACUCUGGAGUUACUUCUCCGUCGUGCUCACGGACCCUGGUGGUGUACCACCGGACUGGCAUCCCUUCUUUCGCGGCGACGACGAUCUCGAAGCUCAGUCGUUGCAAACCCUAGACACCCACAGGCAAGCCGCCCUUGGGAAUUACCCUCCCUCUGCCGCCGGCGAUUCUUCUGCUGACUCUGGUCGUUCAGGCUCCGCUGCCAGCGUGGCAAGCGCUGGCGUCCUGUCCGAGUCGGCAUCCGACGAUCGCGAUAAUGACGAUGACAGCUCAGCAAUGGAUGACCCUCGUGCUGCUCUUGUGGGCCCCUCGGGCGGCAGGGCGGGCAUGGAGAACGGCGGGAAGCAGCAGGACCAGCAGCAGCAGCAGCAGCAGCAGUCGCAAGCAGUGUCGCGCGGAGGGGGAGCGGGGAUGGUGGGGGGGAGAGACGGAAUGGGGGACGCGGGGAUGGGGAGCGGGGCAGUGGAGAUUCGGCGGUGCAAGCGGUGCUUGCAGUUCAAACCGCCUCGAGCACACCACUGCUCUGUCUGUGGGCGGUGCAUAUUGAAGAUGGACCAUCACUGCGUAUGGGUGAUCAACUGCGUGGGCGCUAAGAACUACAAGCAAUUUCUUCUCUUCCUCUUCUACACAUUUGUGGAGACAGCCAUGGUGGCCGUGGUACUGCUGCCGCACUUCAUAGACUUCUUCACCACGCCACCCUCCGCCAGCGACGAUGCCACCAAGCUCGCCACCGUCUUCCUCUCCUUCGUGUUGAACAUAGCAUUCGCCGUGAGUCUGCUGGGAUUCCUCAUCAUGCACGUCUCUCUCGUGCUCGGCAACACCACCACCAUCGAGGCGUUUGAGAAGAGGGGGUCGCACAGAUGGCGGUACGACCUGGGCAGGCGAAGGAACUUCGAGCAGGUGUUUGGCAUGGACAGGAGGUACUGGUUCCUGCCAAUGUACUCACCAGAGGACCUGCGCAGAAUGCCAGUGCUGCAUGGCCUAGACUACCCUCACAACCCCGAGUACCUCCAAGAGUUUGAGGAGGCAGGAGCUAAGGCAGGGGCAGGAGGAAAGGCCUUAGCUUUGAGGCAGGGGGAGAAGGCAGGGGCAGGAGGAGAGGCAGAGGCAUGA